AUGCCACGGCUGAAGCAGGAUGAAGGCUUAGCGUCAAGGUCAUCACUACAGGAUGGAGUCAAACUGAAUCGCAACAUGUUCAAAGGUCACGGUGGGUACUUGGAUAAAGUAUUUGGAUUUUCGUGCUUGUCAGACUCCUCGGACAAUUAUGGGCUGCUGGCUCGAAAAUUCGACAGCCAGUUGCCUGAGGAGGAAAUGGAGCAAACUUAUUUUGACAAGGCGGAUAUGAUCGGAUAUCUCAGCACAUACCAAAAAUGGGAAUCGAUCUGUGUUUCCAAAAAGGCCUGGUUGGAUAUUUGCCAAAUGGAUCUUCCUGAAGUGGAGCCCUAUACUAAGCACCUACCACACUAUUGGGCGGCCUAUGCGUCGAAUCCAUUGGCAGGACCCUACUACAUGCUGUCAUGUUCUGUAUUUGACUCGGAUGCGGCAGCAACUGUGACCACACCCUCUUGGGUCAAUCGGGAUACAAUUGUGCAUGUUCAACUCGAUCCGAGUCCCCGACUUGGCGUAUCUGAAUUUUCUACUAGAUCCGUGGUAGUGCUUGGUCCCACUAAUGGUACUACUAGUAGUACUGGUCCUGGUAUAGACUCGGAUGGGUCGUUCUGGGAGCCCCUGGAACCUGAGUAUCAAGAAGAAGAAGAAGAAGAAGAAGAAGAGUACAUCUCUUACUGGCAGUCGCAGGAGACUAUUGAAGUUAUUCUCGCUUCUCGUUCAAGUUUGGGAGUCAAGGAAAAUGAAAGAGCUGCAGCCGCCGUCACGACUCCGAGUCUGACUCGGAAAAUGAAAGCUGACUCAGUGGAAAGUUGCAAAGUCAUAGUAUGGGCUCAACUUGAAGCUUCUUGCACAGCGGCUGGUACUACCUGUCAGAUUCGCAAGAGGAAGAUCAACAAGACGGUCGACGCCAACUUGAAGCUGCCGCAUUACGGUGACAAGGAGAACGUAUUACUAUCUCUGAGUCUGGAUCAUACUCCAGUUGCUACCAUCAAGCGCAUCCGGCGGGAGAAAACAGGUACUGAUUGGCAGACAGUUCUCAACGUAGUCAAGUAUGGCGAAGAACAACAAAAGAAAACACCUGCAGUGAUUGAGGACAAGUAG